UAGAAAACAAAAUACCGGCGUACAGGAAGUGAAAGCAAUCAGCCAAUCAGCUCUACGCAAAUGUGCCAUGCGCGAUAGAUCCUGUAAUGGCAGUAUGGUCUCUGAAGGUUAACGUUAGCUUAAACAUCAGUACAAUAUAUUGAACUACUGUUGUCGUUUGGUUAGGAUUAGAUCCGGUUUGCUGUCGUUGUUGCACAGUGUUGAACUAUCUCCUCAGUGACCACAGACUCAGGUCAGCUGUCAUGGCUGGUCUGUCACACUACGCCAUGCGCAUGGCCAGACUGAGCGCACAGAUCUUCGGGGAGGUUGUGCGUCCGACAGACUCCAAAUCUAUGAAGGUGGUCCGGCUGUUCCAGGAGCCCCCCCUGGCUAAGAGAAAGGAGGUGUACGACUGGUACCCACAGCACAAGAUUUAUUAUGCCAUGACCCAGAAGCUCAGGUUUAUGGGACUGUUCAGGGAUGAGCAUGAAGACUUCAAAGAGGAAAUGUAUCGCCUAAGGAAACUAAGAGGAAAAGGGACACCACGGAAAGGAGAGGGGAAGAGAGCGCUCAAGAAAAAAUGAGCUGUAUCAUUUCUGCUGCCUCAUGUUUUCACAGGACUUGAUAUAUUUUUAUGGAGGCAGACAGCAGUGGACUGUGUGCACCAUCACUGUGGGGGACCUGCUAAUCCUGAACAAAUUCCAUUGGUCUGGUCAUGACUGUCCAGUUGUCUGAACCUUCACUGUGUUGGCAUGAAUAAUACCUGAGGUCAGCAUUACACAUGGAACAUCUUCAUCUAUAUCUGUGAUACUGGAGUGAAUCCCAUCCUUUACUGUUGAACAUGUAUGAACUCUUGCAUUUGCAGGGGGUGAAAACAGUAUGGAAAAUGAUAUAGCUAAUCAAAUGCUAAUAUGUCUUUAAGUUGAAACUUUGAAAAUGAGAUGAUCACUAUGAUCAUCGCGAGAGGCCUAUUAAGUAUUUGGUCAUGUCUUUCUAAGAUGAAUAAAAAGUUUGGGUGUACUGCAGCUGUACUGUA